AUGCAAGGGGAGGAGCUGGACAAAACUCCGGCUGCCAAGGCCUCAAGGAAGAACCCUUCUCAGUCAACUUCUACUGCCAAUCUGGAUCGUCCUACAACCGAUGGCAAAUCUCCUUCUGCCAUGAAGAUUCUGAGUGAAAGCUCAGAACGUUCAGGAAAGAAAGUGUCGGAUGCCUUUACGGCAUCGAAGGAUGGCCAGCCACCCAAUGUUGCAGCCAGUGCGACAAUGAUUGGGGAGGAGGAUGCCUCUAAGCCCAUCCUCAAACCCAAGGCGGAGAACUACCAAGUCUGGAAUGUCAUCGAGGUUGGUGAUUUUGAAGUCACCAAAACAAAUGCUCAAAAUGAGGUAAUCCCUAAGCCUAUGUCUGAAUAUCAGAAAGAGGACUUUGAUAAAAUGGAAAUAAAUGCUAUGGCUGUGAAAUUGCUCCACUAUGGACUAAAACCUCAUGAACACAAUCGUGUUAUGGGGUGCAAGAACGCUAAGGAAAUCUGGGAUUUUCUGCAGAUUACUCAUGAAGGAACUAAUGAGGUUAGGAAGGUUCUUAGAAGUCUUCCACAAGAUGAGAGAUGGAGAGCUAAGGUGACAGCCCUUCAGGAAACGAAGGACUUUACUAAGUUCAAUAUUGAACAACUAACAGGUUCUCUCAUUACUCAUGAGCUACACCUUGGAGUCAACAAUGAACCCAUGAGGAACAAGGGAUUGACUCUUAAGGCUGAUGAGGAGGAAGACACAGAAGUUGACGAGGAUGAGGCUUCCCUAAUUGUGCGAAGAUUCAAGAAGAUGUUCAAGAAAGGCCGAACCUCAAGGAACUUCGGGAAAAAGACCUCAAAUCCAAAACCUGACUACAGCUGCCACAAGUGUGGAUCCCCAAAUAACUUUAUCAGAGACUGUCCCCUUUGGGAAAAUGAUAAAGGAAAAGGAAAGGCUAAGGAACAAGGAAGAGAAAAAUUUAGCAAAGCAAACUUUCAAAAGUCAGACAUGAGGAAGGUCAUGAUAGCAGCUUGGGGAGACUCAGAAAGUGAAGAAGAAGAUGAUGACCAACCAGAAGAGGAGACGACAAAUCUUUGUCUGAUGGCCACAUCAGAUGAUGAAAAGGCUUACCUUGAGGAACUCCAAAAGGAGGUAUUUCUUGAUCCUAAACAGCUUAAAACUCUCUCUAAAGAUGUCUUAAUAGAUAUAUGUCUAGAAGAAGAAGAAUUCUGUAGAGAUACAUGUGUGAAGUUGAAUAAAUGUGAAAAGGCUCUUAAAGUUUGCAAAGAACAUGGUGCUUGGUUGGAAACAGCCUAUGCCAAGUCUCAAAGCAAAUUAAGAGAGCUUGAUUUUAAAUACAAACACAUAACUGAGAUAGCUGAUAGAAUUAAGAAUGAAAGUAUUCUUCUGAAUAUUGAAUUAACUCAAUAUAAGCUCAUGAAUUCUAAUAUCAGUUCUAGCAGUUCCAUAAGCGAUCAGUUGCUUAAAUUCAAUGUUGAUUUUGAAAAUUUAAAAGAUGAGCUUUCUACUUUAAAAACUCAAAAGGAUCAACUUGAAUCAGAACUGAAUGCUAGAAAGGAUAGAAGUAUUGACCCAAAAGUCAUACCUAAGUUGAUAGCUGAAGCUCAAGGAAAAAGAACUGAAGGCCUUGUUUACAUGACCAAGAGGAAAGGUAAGCAAAAGAAAUAUGUUGAGCUUCCUAGCAUGAAGGUCCUAGUGAGGGGGAACAACUCGUGGUAUCUCGACUGCGGUUGUUCAAAGCAUAUGACAGGUGAUAAAUCAAAAUUCCUCUCACUAGAAGACUACCCUGGAGGAACAGUAACCUUUGGGGAUAAUAAGAAGGGCGAGAUCAUUGGAAAAGGCAAAAUUGGAAGAUCUAAAUCUCAUUCCAUUGAUAAUGUGUUCCUGGUCAAGGGCUUAAUGCACAAUCUGCUCAGUAUAUCACAAUUCUGUGAUAAGGGAAACUCUGUAAGUUUUACUUCUGAUUCUUGCAACAUCAUCAACAACAAGUCAGGAAAGGUUGUUCAAGAAGGAGCAAGAAGAGGGAACACUUAUAAAGUUGACCUUAACUUAAUCCCAAGGAACAACCUUACAUGUCUGAGUGUUGUUGAAGAUGAUCCCCUGCUAUGGCAUAAACGUUUUGGACAUGCUAGCUUUUCAUUACUGGACAAGCUGAGGUCAAGGAACUUGGUUGUGGGACUUCCUAUUAUCAAGUUCCUACUGUACAAAGUUUGUGAUGCAUGUGUGAAAGGCAAGCAUGUUUGUUCAUCUUUUAAAUUGAAGAAAAGGGCUAGCACUACAAAUCCUUUGGAAUUAAUCCAUAUGGAUUUGUGUGGUCCCAUGAGAAUUCAAAGCAGGAGCGGCAAGAAAUAUGUUUUGGUUAUCGUUGAUGAUUAUUCUAGAUUCACUUGGUUUAUUUUUCUUUCUAGCAAAGAUGAAACUUUUAACGAGUUUGUUGCUUUUUCCAAGAAAAUACAGAAAAUCAGUGGUCACUCCAUAGUCCAUCUCAGAUCAGAUCACGGAACUGAAUUUGAGAACUCAAGAUUCGAUGAGUUUUGCAGGGAAAAUGGCAUGAAUCAUAAUUUCUCAGCUCCAAGGACUCCCCAACAGAAUGGAGUUGUAGAAAGGAAGAAUCAAACCCUUGAGGAAAUGGCUAGAACGAUGUUGAUUGCAAGUGGAUUGCCAAGGAACUUCUGGGCUAAAGCCGUGAAUACAGCAUGUUACAUCCUUAACAGGGUAACAAUCAGAAGUAUCAUCAACAAGACUCUCUAUGAACUAUUCAGGGGAAGGAAGCCAAACAUAUCUCAUCUUAGAGCCUUUGGUUGUAAGUGCUUUGUACAUAAUAAUGGUAAGAAAAACCUAGGUAAAUUUGAUGAAAGAAGUGAAGAGGCCAUAUUUCUAGGAUAUGCCUCUAAUAGCAAAGCUUAUAGAGAAAAAGAAGAUGAUAAUGAUUUUGAAAUUGGAUUGAUAAGAGACAUGGAUGAAGAAGAGACUCAGAAGCAAACCAAAGAAAAGUAUCCUGCUCCAGAAGAGGAUCAUCAAGAAAAUGGAGAGGUUCCUCAACCAGAUGAACAGGUGAAUGAGGAACAAGAAGAAGAAGCAGGAGGAACAGAUCCAGAAGCUCCUCAAAUUGGAGUUCCAGCAAGGGAAUUUCAACCCAGGCCAUUCUAG